UCGAAUGGAGAUACGCAUUCCAAGCUGUUUAUUUUUCAGAAACAUGCAAAUAUUGCAAUCGUUCGACUGAUUUGAUAAGAAAUACGGAAAAGCGGCGGAAAAGCAGCAGCAGCCAUGUCGGCCUUCACGGAUUCGGCGCUCCUCAAGAAGCUGGCCGAGCUAAACAGCAGCCAGCAGAGCAUCCAGACGCUCUCCCUGUGGCUAAUUCACCACCGCAAACACAGCGCAGCGAUUGUAAGGACCUGGCAGCGGGAGCUGGAGAACGUGCCGGAGCCCAAGAAGCUGACCUUCAUGUACCUGGCCAACGACGUGAUUCAGAACAGCAAGAAGAAGGGCCCGGAGUACGGCAAGGAGUACAGCCUUGUGCUGGGCAAGGUGUUCGCCCACAUUGGCGAGAAAUGCAGAUCGGACAAGUUGCUUGGCAGCCUGGGAAGGAUCCUGAACAUCUGGCUGGAGCGGGGCGUCUACGAUCCCAAGACCAUUGCCGACUGGAGGUCGCGAUUGCACAAGGAGGCCCCUGGCAGCUCCAGCAGCAAUGGCAAGACCAAUGGCGACAGUGAGAAGCCCGAGAAGGAGAAGGAUCACGGCGGCAGCAGCAAGCCCGAGAAAUCCGAGCGCCGCGAGAAGCGCAAGCACGAGGAUCGCCACUCAAAGUCCAAGCGCUCGCGCCAUCACGUCCAAGGCAGCAGCUCGAAUUCAGCUCCUGCGGCGGAGGAAGUUGUUUCUGUGGAACCGGAGAACGGCCACACGCCACCCUACUUGCCUUUGGGCGAGCCCCCAGAGCCAGAGGAGCUCAUCAGGGCUCUGACCAGCAUAGAAAACUCGGCAUCCAGUGAUGCCGUGGUGCGCGAGCGUAUCGCCAAGCUGCCUCAGGAAAUAUCCGAGAUAAGCUGCAUCAGCAAGCUGGAGGAUAAGGACAAGGCCAAGGAACUGGCCAUACAGGUGAACGAAGCUGUGGAUCUGCUGAACGACUACAAUGCUCGGUUGGCGGCGGAGAUGGAGGAGCGCUCCAAGUUGGCCACCAUGCUGCGAGAUUUUCAAGCGGAGCAGAAGGAACUUCUCUCCCAGGCUGAGCAACGCCUCGAUGAACACAAAAAGAAGCUGGCCAAGAUGUUGGGUCUGCAGAAGGAGAUCCACGACCACCUCUCCAACCUGCCCGACCUGACCCGACUGCCGGAUGUGACUGGCGGACUGGCGCCCCUGCCCUCCGCUGGCGAUCUCUUCAACGCUCUGCAUUGAAGGAAACCAAGGAGUCAAUUUAAGUUUACAUUUAUAUUUGCAAUUGUACCCCUAAUCGCACCGCGCCCACAAAUCCCCUGACUGUAAUCCAAGCACACACAAGCAUGACGAUUUCAAUAUAGCAUCUAAUUGCAGGCAACUUA